AUGAGAACCGAAGUUUUGACAAGUUAUCACGACCAUCCAACAGCAGCUCAUUUUGGCUCCAGACGAAUAUGGACGAAACUCAAGGAUUGUUGUUAUUGGCCACAGAUGCGUGGAAAAGUUGAAAGUUAUAUUCGAUCAUGCGAAAAAUGUGUCAAGUUUAACAUCAAAAGAACAAAAACACCUGGAAAAUUGAACCCAAUUCCGCCACCAGAAGGACCGCUGGAAUUAGUCGGCAUGGAUUUUUGGGGACCAAUCAGACAAGGAUCCGUCAAUGAAAAUAAAUAUGUAUUGGUCAUAACCGAUUACUUGACAAAAUUUGUCGUAGCGAAGGCGUUACCUAACAAUACAGCACAAACAACUGCCCAAACAUUUGUCGAAGAAUUCAUUUUCAACUUUGGUGUACCAAAUCGGCUCAUUAUCGAUCAAGGUGUCCACUUUAAUAAUGAAUUAAUGAAAAAUGUGGCAGAAUUGAUAGGUUUCGACCACAUUAAAGCAAUACCGUACUAUCCACAGACGAAUGGUCAAGUCGAGCGAUUCAAUGCAACAUUUCGACCGCAACUAGCAAAGUUACAAGACGAGAAUUUGAACAAUUGGGAUGAAUAUUUACCAGCUGUUGUUUACGUAUACAAUACUGGACAACAUGCUACAACCGGGUAUUCACUAUUUCAGUUGAUGUUUGACCGAGAACCAACAUUGCCACUAGCCCAAAAACAGCCAACAUUCACACUGACAAAAUCAAAUCACUACUGGCCCAGAAUGAUGUGGUCAUUAAAAAUGUAUUAUCAAGCGGCACGACAAAACAUUCAAAUUCAGCGACAAGUAACAAAAGCACGAUUCGACUUGAACCGCUCCGAUCCAAUCUAUAAAGCAAAUGACUCAUUGUUAUGGCGAAAACCUAGUCAUAUUUCAAAAUUCGAAGAACGUUACUCGGGUACGCAUAGUAUCAUUCAAGAACACCCCCCGAGCUACAUCAUACAAGAUGGACAAACAGCGAUUUAA